GUCCCAGCUGCAGAGGGGUAGGGUUCAGCUCUAGUGCACUCGCGGUUGAAUCCCCCUGCCUAACUUUACGUCCCAUUCACCUGAUUCUUCUGUCUUUUUCAAGUCCUGACGUAUCAGUUUCAGAGUUUUAUCUUCCUCGCUCUUUUACUCUUUCCUUUCUUCGCAGCUCAGCAUGCAGGAAAAAGAAGCCUCCCCACACGGAUUCCUGCCUAGGUUCCAGCAUUUCGCUACGCAGGCCAUCCACGUGGGCCAAGAACCGGAGCAAUGGACCUCCCAGGCUGUGGUGCCCCCCAUCUCGCUGUCCACCACGUUCAAGCAAGGGGCUCCUGGCCAGCACUCGGGUUUUGAGUAUAGCCGUUCUGGAAAUCCCACCCGGAAUUGCUUGGAAAAAGCAGUGGCGGCACUGGAUGGGGCCAAGUACAGUUUGGCCUUUGCUUCAGGUUUAGCAGCCACUGUGACUAUUACCCAUCUCUUAAAAGCAGGAGACCAAAUUAUUUGUAUGGAUGAUGUGUAUGGAGGUACAAACAGGUACUUCAGGCAGGUGGCAACUGAAUUUGGAUUAAAGAUUUCUUUUGUAGAUUGUUCCAAAACCAAAUUGCUAGAGGCAGCUAUUACACCAGAAACCAAGCUUGUUUGGAUUGAAACCCCCACAAACCCUAGCUUGAAGAUGAUUGACAUUGAAGCCUGUGCACAUACGGUCCAUAAACAUGGAGACAUCAUCUUGGUUGUGGAUAACACUUUUAUGUCAGCAUAUUUCCAGCGGCCUUUGUCUCUGGGAGCUGAUAUUUGUAUGUAUUCAGCAACAAAAUACAUGAAUGGCCACAGUGAUGUUGUAAUGGGCUUAGUGUCGCUGAAUUCUGAGAGCCUUCAUGAUAGGCUCCGUUUCUUGCAAAAUUCUCUUGGAGCAGUUCCAUCUCCUAUUGACUGUUACCUCUGCAAUCGAGGUCUGAAGACUCUACAAGUCCGCAUGGAGAAGCAUUUCGAAAAUGGAAUGGCAGUUGCUCAGUUUUUGGAGUCGAAUCCUCAGGUGGAAAAGGUUAUUUAUCCUGGGCUGCCUUCUCAUCCUCAGCAUGAGCUAGCCAAGCGUCAGUGCACAGGUUGCCCGGGGAUGAUCACCUUUUAUAUCAAGGGCUCUCUUCAACAUGCUGAAACUUUCCUCAAGAACCUAAAGUUAUUUACUCUGGCUGAGAGCUUGGGAGGAUAUGAAAGUCUUGCUGAGCUUCCGGCAAUCAUGACCCAUGCAUCAGUGCCUAAGAGCGACAGAGAAGUCCUUGGAAUUAGUGAUACACUUAUUCGACUCUCGGUGGGCUUAGAGGAUAAACAAGACCUACUGGAUGAUCUAGAUCAAGCUUUGAAGGCAGCUUAGUGUGUAUAAAUGUGCAAGGAACUCAAUCCAAAGUGCAGAUUUUAAAGAAGGUAGUCUUCAGAAAAGAAUUCUUGGAGGAGGUGAAGUCUUCGCCUGGAGGUUUAAUAACAUACUUUUUCUUGUGCACCAUUAAUAUAGCACUCUCCAAAUGCAAGCUGCAACUAGCAUCCCAGAACUGCUGUUGGUGAUUGCUUCCUGAGACGAUCAAAUCUGAAUAAUUGAAUGGAUCAUUAAUGAGCCUCCACAGAAUUUUCAAAUGAGAAUUUUAAGGCACCUCAUUACCUUUCACAAAUGUAUUCUUCUUGGAUCAUCCCUGUUAAAAAAAUCUCCUCUUUCCUUUAUUGUAAUUGACAGGUCAAUUCUGUUCAGAUCUUUUUAUUAAUUUUGAUAUACAUGUGCCUCUGAAGGAGAUGAGAUUUGUGCUGCUAUUGGGGAUUGUGUUCCUUUUUUCAAGUUUAAGAUUUAUAUUGAUCAUGUUUACAAUAUAAUGGUAAUGCAUUUUUGAUGUUUUCUGAGGAAUUUAAAUUAUUGAAUAAAUGUUCUUAAGUCAAGUGUGAUUUUUGUAUUGUUGAAAAUAGCACUCAAAGCAAUGGUUUACACUUAUAAGCCAAAAAUCAAAUAUCUGAAAAGUCUGUGAAAUUCUACUGAUAUAAGGUUAUACUUACUGUUUUUUUAAGAAUAAAUCUAAUUACCACAUGUA